CUCAAUCGCCGUCAGGCUAGAUGGAGUCUGUUCCUGUUCCAGUUUGAACUCGAAUUGCGUCACAUUCCUGGCACUCGUAUGGUCCAAUCCGACACCUUAUCCCGUCUGCAACAUCUGAACCUGGAGGUCAACGACAAUAACGCUGUCGUCCUACUACCUGAUCAUCUGUUCGUGUCAAGGAUAGACAUCAGCCUAGCGGACCGCAUUCGUGCAGUCCUCAAGACAGAUCAGGUAGUACUCGACGCUCUUGCUGCGGUGAAAACGGGUGGGAUCUUACCGAUGAAAUCCACGUUGAAGGACUGGAUCUCCGAUGACGGCCUAGUCUUCUAUCAGAAACGCUGCUACAUCCCCUUGGACGAGGAACUACGACGGGACAUGGUCCAACGCUACCAUGACCAUAAACUCAUGGGACACCCAGGACAAUUUGGCACCCUCGAACUCCUACGGAGGGACUACUGGUGGCCCGGCAUGGCGUCGUUCGUCAAGAACUACUGCUUAGGAUGCGCCAUAUGCCAACAGGCGAACGUUAACACUCAUCCCACAUCUCCUCCAUUGCUACCA